AUGAAAUUGAUAAUCCUCCUCUGUUUGGUUGGAGUUGUGCUCUGUAACAUCAACUCCUAUAGCCGAGAACUUGAUCAACUUAUGGGCACGUUGAGAACCGGAGAGGAACAGCAAAACUUGUUGAUGUUCAGAAGAUGGAUGGAGAAGUAAGUGUGUUGAGGAAUGGAGAAUCGACUAAACAAGCGAUGGAAAAAAUAUCUCAAAUGAUAUUCGAGAUCGAGUGGGGCAUUCCUGGUCUACCUAGGACCUUUGAAGGACAGUACUGCGCCAAAAAUCUUUUUUAUACAUCUUGCAAGAUUAUAAGCAUAUACCUUUAAGGAUUUUCUUUUAUGGGUUCAUUUUAUUUUAGAUUCCGGCGACAAUACCGCGACAUGUCGCAAUUCCAGUACCGUUUUGGGUGUUUUGUGUCGACUCUGAAUUAUUUGCGGGGAAUUAGAGGAGGUCUGGAGAGAAAUCACGUCAAUGCCCUUGGAGAUCUCUGCCAAAAUGAGGUAAACUUUCAAAUUGCACUUGAAAAUUGACUUUAUAUUUUUAAAUUUUUAGCUCCAAGGAAGACGCCCAUACAAUUAA